UUUUUUUCCACUAAAGGAAACCAAGGAGAGAGGGAUUUUUUUUUUAUUAUAGCUAUUAGAUUGUGCCAAUCGGCUUAUUCUAUUGGUUUGGUCUCAGUGAUGUCAUAAUAGAAGUGGAACUCGUUUAUUUGACAAUGAUGCGUGCUACGUUCCCCAGUGUACCAUGCACGGUAGGAUGGUGGUCUCCGUUUUCUCAGGUCGUUUUGGGAUUAAAAAUUCUUAUUUAAUAGAUCACUUGUUGGUCUGCGGUGCUCAGCCUUGCAUUGAUAACAGGAAGCACCUAGAAAAGACAGCCUGUUUGUUCUGCAAAGUAUCUCCCUCGAUUUCCCGAAGGGCGAGAAGAAAACUGAAACUGCAGCAUGGGAAAAGUGCUCUGGACUCAUUCAGAUCUAAACGUGUGCUCUUUUCAAUUAUUUUAAAGAGGAUAAAGAUAUAAUUCUUACAGUAGAGGAUUUUGAUUUUACUAUGGCUGUUCAGAGGAAUACACGGUUAAGAACCAAAAGAUCUUCUACCAGAAAUGCAGGCAUAGACAUUGAGAGUUGCAUUUCUAGUCCAGUUUCACUCCCUGGAUUAGGAAACGGUGACGGAGAUUGUAAAUCUUCUCUAGAAAGUAACUUGGAACUUCGAUCUGAUAAUAGAGAACCAGAAAUUCCUGGUACCUGUUUGCAGGAUGUGCCUAAUACCGGAGAUACUUCUAAGGACUGUUUUUUCAAAAAUGAUAGAAAUAGUACUAUUCGAAGGAAGAUUCAAAUUAGAAAAUCUAAAAAAUCUUCUGAAAUAAGUAAUGUCACUGGUGGCCAAAACAAAAGACAGAGUCUAUCAGCAUGUAAAAAACAGGUGCAAAGCAAUAAACGUGCCAUAUGUAAGAACAAAAUAUGUGUACUUAAUAGUGAUUCCAGUGAAAACAAAGUAUGCCGAAGAAGUUCAAGGAAAAGAAAAAUAUGUUUUAAGGAUGAACUGUUGUCUCAACCAAAAACAGAGCAGAAUGAUAAACAGAUUGAACCUUUCCAAACAAGCAUGGAAAUAGUACAUGUAAAAUGUACUGAGAGUUCUUGCAGCAAAAUCCCUACAGCUGCUAAUAAAAACCUUUCAGUAGUAGAAAUGCAAAGAAACGUGUUGACUUCAGAGAGUGCAAGUGAACAGAGGGCUUCCACUAUGGAUGUUACUGUUUCCCAGAUGUGCCGAGAGAAACCUUGUACAUCAAUCAAAGAGAGACGUACUCAAAGAACCCAAGUGGAAAGGCGGAAAACCAGUCCAUAUUUUUCUAGAAAAUUAAUCAAAGAAGCUCCAAGUCCACCAAGAAGGAAAGCUUUUAGGAAAUGGACUCCACCUCGUUCUCCUUUUAAUCUGGUUCAGGAAACAUUGUUUCACGAUCCAUGGAAACUUCUGAUUGCAACUAUAUUUCUGAACAAAACCUCAGGAAAGAUGGCUAUCCCUGUGCUGUGGGAAUUUUUUAAGAAAUAUCCUUCACCAAAUGUAGCAAGAACUACCAACUGGAAAGAAAUGUCAGAAUUGCUUAAACCUCUUGGCCUAUAUGAACUCAGAGCAAAGACCAUCGUCAAAUUUUCAGAUGAAUAUUUGGUUAAGCAGUGGAAAUAUCCAAUUGAAUUACAUGGGAUUGGAAAAUAUGGAAAUGAUUCUUACAGAAUUUUCUGUGUGAAUGAAUGGAAAGAGGUACAGCCACAAGACCACAAAUUGAACAUUUAUCAUUCCUGGCUGUCGGAAAACCAUGAGAAAUUAAAUCUUAAUUAUUAGCUCUUUAUAAUCUCUUGGUCCUUUCUCAUGUUUUAAACUGCUUUUUCUGCUACCCCACUUUAUUAACUAUAAAUAUAAAUGCUUCUUUUAUAUGACUGUAAAUAAUUUA